AUGGCCCGCACAAUAUAUGCCUUCCUGGCGGCACAUGUGCUUGGAUAUUUUGUACUUGUUCAAUCACAGACCGCGACCACUACAUCUGCGGGCUCCGUGUUCACUGUACCUAGCGACGCAGACGUGGGCCAAUCUCUCAUCCCCAAUAUCAUUGAUCCCGAAGCAGUCGACCCGCAAUCAGUAUGCCCAGGUUACACUGCUUCGAACGUUGUUGAAACUGCCAAUGGAAUCACCGCAGACCUUUCACUCGCUGGAGCUGCGUGCAAUGUAUACGGAAAUGAUAUUGCAGAUCUCACCUUGACUGUUGAGUAUCAAGCUGUUGACCGAUUGCACGUUGAGAUCCAGCCCAAGUACAUUGGUCAAGAGAACCAGACUUGGUUCAUCCUACCUGAGGAGAUCCUCCAGAAGCCUGGCGUGGACACCGAGGGCUGUGCGUCUGAAAGUGAUCUGGAUUUCACAUGGAGCAAUGACCCGACUUUCUCAUUCAAGGUGACCCGCAACAGCACGGGGGACGUUCUAUUCAGCACGGAGGGGACGAAGUUAGUGUACGAAGACCAGUUCAUUGAGUUCAAGACUGCCCUGCCAGAGAACUACAAUCUCUAUGGAUUGGGCGAGGUGAUUCAUGGUCUGAGACUUGGAAAUAAUCUUACGAGGACUCUUUUUGCCGCAGAUGUGGGUGACAAUAUCGAUGCAAACAUCUAUGGACAUCACCCUGUCUACUACGACACACGCUAUUUCGAAGUCGAUGAUGCCGGAAAGUUGACUUACGCUGUCAAUGCAACGGACACUUCCAAGGCCUACAAGUCUUACACUCAUGGUGUCUUCCAGAGAAAUGCUCACAGUCAAGAAGUCCUCCUCCGUGAACCGGGUGUCACUUGGAGGGCUCUGGGUGGUGAAAUCGAUCUAUAUUUCUUCGAGGGUGCUACGCAAGAUGCCGUCUCAAAGUCGUAUCAGAAGAGCAUUAUCGGCCUGCCUGCUUUUCAGCAAUGGUGGACAUUCGGGUAUCAUCAAUGCCGUUGGGGAUAUAACAACUGGACAGAGCUUCAGGGCGUUGUGGACGACUUCGCAAAGUUCGAAAUUCCUCUCGAAACAAUUUGGAACGACAUUGACUAUAUGAACCAGUAUCGAGACUUUGAUAAUGACGCAAUUCGCUACCCUUAUGACGAGGGUGCUGAGUUUUUGUCGAAACUUCAUGCCAACGGCCAGCAUUACGUCCCAAUUGUCGAUUCUGCCAUUUACGCCCCCAACCCCGAGACUGAGCAGGGGCAGUAUCCAAUUUAUGACAGAGGUGUUGAUCAAGAUGCUUUCCUUCUCAACCCUGACGGUUCUCUUUACAUUGGAGCUGUCUGGCCCGGCUAUACUGUCUUCCCGGACUGGGUCGGAGCCAUCUUCAACGACACGGGCGCGAACCGGUGGUGGACUUCUGAAUUCACCACGUGGUACGACAAGGUCAAGUUCGAUGGUAUCUGGAUUGAUAUGUCCGAGGUCUCCAGCUUCUGUGUGGGAAGCUGCGGCAGCGGCAAUUUGACGCUUAAUCCAGUGCAUCCUCCGUUUCAGUUGCCAGGUGAGCCGGGAAAUAAAAUUACAGCAUAUCCCGAAGGCUUCAAUGUUACCAAUAGUACUGAAGCCUCUGCAAUCUCAACGACAACAGCUGCGGCAGCCACAACCAUAACAACUUCCUCUACUACCACGACCUCGUAUCUACGUACAACACCCACCCCUGGAUCCCGAAACAUCAACUACCCCCCCUACACCAUCAAUAACUUCCAGGGAGUUGAUCUCGCUGUCCACGCGGUAAGCCCCAACGCAACCCACCAUGGCGGCACUCUGGAAUACGAUUUCCACAACGUCUUUGGCCACCAAAUCCUGAACGCUACCUACCAUGCUCUCCUAGAUGUAUUCCCUGAUAAGCGACCUUUCAUUAUCGGACGUUCCCAAUUUGCUGGGUCGGGCAAGUGGGCAGGUCACUGGGGCGGCGACAACUAUUCUCUUUGGGCAUUCAUGUUUUUCUCUAUUCCCCAGGCAUUAUCUAAUUCGCUGUUUGGCUUCCCCAUGUUCGGCCCAGACACUUGUGGUUUCAACGGCAAUACGGAUAUGGAGCUUUGCGCCCGCUGGAUGCAACUAUCGGCCUUCUUCCCCUUCUACCGGAACCACAACGUGCUCUCUGCGAUACCUCAAGAACCUUACCGCUGGGAAGCUGUUGCCGACGCCUCUAAAGUCGCCAUGAAGAUCCGGUACGCUCUGCUGCCGUAUCUUUAUACCACGUUCUAUCUCAGCCACUCAACCGGUUCCACAACCAUGCGCGCUCUUGCUUGGGACUUCCCAGAUGAGCCCUGGCUGGCUGAUGCAGACCGCCAGUUCCUUCUUGGCGAUGCAAUCCUCGUCACACCGGUUUUGGAGCAAGGUGCUUCUACCGUUGACGGCGUGUUCCCCGGUGUUGGUUCCGGCACCGUUUGGUACGACUGGUACAACCAGACUGCCAUCACCGGUGUUACCGCCGGCCAAAACGUUACUAUCGACGCUCCGCUAGGACACAUCCCCGUCUACGUCAAGGGCGGCAAAGUUGUACCGCUCCAGGAGCCAGGGUUGACUACCGCGGCUGUGAGGAACAGCUCAUACAGUCUGCUCGUCGCUCUCGACGGCCAAGGCAAGGCCAGUGGUGGUCUGUAUAUUGACGACGGGGAGAGCCUGAAGUCGCAUAGCACUUGGAUCGACUUCAAGGCCGAUUCCACGAGUCUCAUAGCCACUCCAAAGGGUGAUUUCACCGAGACUAACACUCUUGCCAAUGUCACGGUCCUUGGCGUUCAGAGCAGCCCAUCGGUGGUGCAACUCAAUGGCCAGGAUGUUGGGUCACUAUUUGCUUUCGAUACCGAAGCUCGGAAGCUCAGCGUCACAGGUCUGGAUGGAUUGACUCAAGACGGUGCUUGGGGCCAGGACUGGACUUUGACUUGGACGUAG